AUGGAUGCAGGUGGUACGAACCAAAUAGUGUUUCGUGGCAGUCAGUGGGGGAGGCCUAUGUUCAGCAAAGGAGUCGAACAUGCUGAAAUGAUGAUGAAUGCAUAUUUCGAUGUUGGAGUGAGUGAGGUACCAGAUAGAGGCAAAAGAUACGGUGACGUAGCGCGCGGUUCCCCUUUAAAUAGUUGGCCGCAGGCGAGCGAGGCACAGUUCGACCAGUACCCCGUACUGGUCGGUGCUGUCCAUCACCGCUGCGAACUCCUCCGUAACCGAAGAGCGGCGGACCAGCUGCAGGCACGAGUGAAUCCGAGGGGCGGUGGAUUCAACUCUGGUACAUACCUAAACUGCCCACUGCCCAUAACAAUACGAAAGACCCACAAACAACGCGCAGUGACAUCGACGAGCAGCCUGAAACCCAAUGGCAAGACCGCACACAAGCCCAAACCAAGGGAACCCGUGAAGACCAUAGUGAAAUAUGUUACGAAACAGAUCCACAUAUAUCCCAUGUAUCCGAUAUUGACCGUAGAACGCCUUCCAAAUCUAGAUUACCACAUUAGUGUGCUGACCGAAAGCAUAGGCAGGCGGCCACGCGUGUACCCGCAUGGUAAGGGAGUGCGAUUCGUUCCCGAGUCUAAUGACGAAUAUAGAACGAUACAGCGAUACCUGGCCAAGAUUGAGUCUGCAGAGAGGAUCGCCUGGUGCUCCUACACUUUGGCACCUGGCAACAGCCUCAAAGUGAAUGUCAAGGUGCGAGAAGUGGAAAUAGUCAAGAUCACCGAAGACCUCGACAAGCUCAAGUUGCAGAGCGUUACGAACCCUGCAGUGGCAAAAUUGAAAGAAUCUCCACCUAAAGAUAUGAAAUCAUCUACGAAAGAUUCCUUACCUAAAGAUGUUAAAGUUUCGAGGAAGGAUUGUUCACCUAAAGAUGGUAACAUAUCUAUGAAGGAUUCUUUGACUGAAGAUGCUAAAUCUCCCACGUCAAACCAGGUGCUGAAAGAAAGGGCAGCGAAGUUCGCGCGGGUUCCGAGCGACAGCGACCCAAACCGUCCCACCCAUGGACUAGCGGCAGGAGCGACCUUUGCGCGGCACCGCAGCGGAACACCAUAUUUU